AUGGGCGAGGCAAGCUCCGACGCCGCCGCCAAGGCUGCGGCCGUGCGGGCUGUCGCAGUCUCCCGGGUCGCGCCCUCGGUGCUGGGGGAGGUGCAGCGCGUUGAACUUUCCUUCUUCGAUUCGCCGUGGGUCGUGCUGCCGCCGAUCCAGCGGGUGUUCCUGUACGAGCUUGGGGAUGCCGACGGCUUCCCGACGGUGGUGGAGCGGCUCAAGCGCGCUCUCGCGGACACCCUGGCGCACUACCUGCCCCUGGCGGGGAUGCUCGAGUACGCGGUGGAGACCGGGGACGCCUUCGUGGACUGCACUCACGCCGGGGUCGCCUUCCUGGAGGCCGAGGGCGAUAUGGACGUGCAGCGUCUAGCCGGCGACGAGGCGCACGACAUCCUGGCAUUCCUGAGCCUGGUGCCGGAGCUGGAUGCCCGGGUGCUCCCGGCGCCCGUGCUGUCAGUGCAGGCCACUCGUCUAAGCGGCGGCCUGGCGGUGGGCCUGUCCGUGCACCACGUAGUCGCGGACGGACGCGCCGUUUGGCGAUUCAUGGAGGCCUGGUCUUCCGCUUCCCGCGAGGGCUCCCCGGUCACCAAGGUCCUCGGCCCGCCGCACUACGGCCGGGAGGUCAUCCAGCACCCCAACGGCGACGAGCUCGCCCGCGACAUGCUAAAGACCGUCGCGCCCAAUCUCCCUGUGGUGAGGGGGCAGUACGAUUUCAGCCAGCGGUUCCUGCGGGCGCGCCGGACAUUCUACCUCGGCGCCGACGACAUCCAGUCGCUCAGGCGGCGGAUCGACGACCUCGCCUCGGACGAGUCUGCUACCGGUGGCGACGCGCCCAAGCCGAAACCGGUGUCGACGUUCGUGGCGCUGGCGGCACUGAGCUGGACGGCGUUCGUUCGAUCCAAGGGGCUCGGCGCAGGGGACGACACGUACCUCAUGUUCCUCGCCGACCUGCGCUCCCGCCUCGACCCGCCAGUCAGCGAGGCUUACCUGGGCAACUGCGUGCGCGCGUGCCUGGCGAGCUGCGCCGACGCGGCGGACCUCCUCGGCCAGUCCGGCAUCCUCCGCGCGGCGCGGGCCGUGCAGGCGGCGGUGGCCGAGAUGGAGGCGGCGCCGCUGUCCGGGACGGACAAGGGGUGGAUGCAGAUGCUGAUGCGGCUGCCGUUUCAGCGGAUGACCAACGUGGCGGCGAGCCCUCGGUUCCGGGCCUACGAGGCGGCCGACUUCGGGUUCGGGAAGCCCGCGCGCGUGGAGCUGGUGUCCAUGAACCACGACGGCGAGAUGGUGCUAGUCGGCGGCCGGCGCGACGGCGAGGUGCAAGCCUCCGUGUCCAUCGACCCGGCGCACAUGGACGCAUUCAAGGCCUGCAUCCUCGGCUAG